AUGCCAUGUGAAAAUCAAUAUGACAUUUUCACUGCCAUUUGGGACCAACAUAUAAUGGACCAUAUUGUAAAAAAUACCAACAGGUACGCGGAAGAUGAAGUCAUAAUACUAGGUAAAGUUAAGCCAUGCUUACUUCUUUAUUAUAACAUCAUGAUGAAGGGUGUUGACAAAAAAGAUCAGAUGUUGGCCAUCUAA